GUGGCUUUACUUUCAAAAUAUCUUAUCCGUAUGACGUAACAGAAGGUGCAUUAUUGUACCUACAUUUAAUCUUUGAAAUGUCAACAUCCGCUUUAUUCAUUUUUGGAACGCAGUCGUUGAUGAGUGGUCUUCCAGCUGUAGAAUUAAUUAACGUUAGAAUAGAUCAUUUAGCUGACUUAUUAAAUGUAAUGAUGGUGGAAGAAAACAACGAUAUUAUAUGGAGAAAGCUUCGAUUUUGUAUAAUGUAUCAUAUCCACAUUAUCAAGUUAACUGAACAAGUUAAUACUUAUUAUAGACCGGGUACUACACUUGUCAUAAUAAGCUUUGGAAUAAUAGUUGGUAGUACGUUACUAGCUGUUUUUGAGGAUUGCACUAUUUUAACUGUCGCUUGCUUUUUUGGAAUUGCUGGACCAGUAGGUGUAUUGUGUUAUUCAGGACAAAGGAUGUACCAAAAAAGUUUAGCUAUUGGAGAUACGGCUUUUGGAUUAGAAUGGUAUAAUUGCAAUAAAAAGAUAAUUAAGGAUAUUCAAUUUUUAAUUAUGCGUACCAAGAAACCAUUAACGUUUCAAGGGGCUUGGGGACUGGGUGAAUUUACUUUGGAAACUUUUGGAAAAUUAAUGUCGGCGGGAUAUAAAUUUACCAGCUUAAGAACUAGUAUCCAACAAUAAAGAAAC